AUGACACGGCCUAAGGUUGACCCAGACAAAAGGCAACGCACCGCUCAAGCCUGCGACUCCUGUAAGCGUAGGAAACAAAAGUGCAACGGCGAGAAGCCAUGUAACACAUGUACAAAGCGACAUCUUGAUUGCCAGUAUACCACUAGCACCUUAGAUCACUCCGGAUCACAAGAUACUUUCGGACCGCCUACCAAGCGCCGGAAUAUCGACAGUUCGCCAACCAUGCUACAAUCCCCUGUCGAGGCUUCUCAGGGCAUUACCAGGAGGAACUCAUCUUUAAUGUCAUGGAGUCAAGCUACUGAAUCCGGAGGCACUAGUCUUAGUGAGACCACGAUACUUAAACCUGAACACAAACUCGUUGGAAUAGGUUGUCAAGCUUUAGGGGGGGUUGAUGGGGAUUUCGAUCGGCGUUCGAAGCUUAGCAAUGCCAGUGGAGCUGCUGAUGAAGCCGAGGUUUACCACCCUCAAAACCGAAUGCUUCAGGAUUCCACCGGAAGACUUUUAUAUAUCGGCGACUCUGCCACUCUAUCAUACCUGCAGUGGAUCCGGAUGAUUGUUGAAAAUAUAUCUGGCCCCUCUGACUUCACCGUAGAUCCUCGCCGACAUAUGAUUAUGGAGAAUGCGAUUUCGCUACCCCAAGACCUUAGGCCAACUGGAAUCUUACCUGACCAACGAACUGCGAAUAUACUAAUAAAUUCUUUCUUCACAAAUACCGCAGGGUUCAUCGAAGUGUUCAACAAGAAUAUAUUCUUAAAAUCAGUAGAUGAAUGCUAUAACGAUCCGCUUGGAGUCACGCCAUCCCUCUUGUGCCUGUUAUAUCUGGUAUUUGCCAUUGGAUUGGUGAUGGCCGCCCCUUACCCUGGGAGUGAUGAGGCUGCGGUGAUCGACAAGCUUCGUGACGAGAGUGCUAGCCGUGCUGAGUUGUUCUUUCGCAGCGCCAAAAGCCUUGCUGAUCCAGUAUCUGGUUUCGAAGACGCAGACUUCUGGUCUAUCCAGGCUCUUCUACUGAUGUCUCUUUACAUGUUAGCUGUUUCUAAACGAAACGCUUCCUAUGCUUAUUUUGGGAUGGCAGUACGCUCUGCUUUUGCCUUAGGGCUCCAUAGAGAAGAGAGCAUGGAGGUAUUCCAGCAGGAAGAUCGCUUAGUGCGCAGAAAUUUGUGGCGAACAUUAUUUAUUCUUGAUCGUUUCCUUUCAGCAUGUCUGGGUCGGCCCACUGCCAUAUCGGAAGAAGAUUGUAGUGCCUUUGGAACCCCAGAUGACUUUACUCCAUCUCCCAUGGGCAUAUGCACUGACGCGACGCACUUUGAAGCUCUCGAUGCUACUGUAAAGAGUUGCCAAGUUAUAGGGAUGACUCUCAAGCGUGUCUAUUCAAAGAGGAAAAUAUCAACAGCAGUUGGUCAGGAAAUCGUAGCUCGCCUGGAGACCUGGAUUACAGAGCUACCCCGUUCUCUGCAUUGGAGGAGACUCGUAGACGAGCGAGUCGAUUCCAAUCAUGGCAUUGCAAUUUUGCAUGUGAAUCUUCUUCACUGCCAUUCCGUUAUGCUAUUAACAAGGCCAUUUUUCCUUUGCUUGCUCAACAAAGCGGCCGUAGGUUUACAAGGUCAGAAUUUUAAACCAUCGCGACCUAGUCACAAAAUGGAAGCCUUCGCUCAGACCUGCGUGGAGGCAUCUCAGCAUACUCUAGUCCUUGCACAGACCGUGCUAGACAAUAAGUAUCUGCCCCAAUGCAACCCCUUCGUCAUACACUGUGUAUUCGCAGCAGCAUUGAUUGUUCUCAGCAAUGAGUUUGCGUCACUGUUUAAUAAUCCAGACGCCCGGACAUCUAUCGGCAGCGCAAUGUCGAUAUUGAGGUUCUGCGCCCUAAACGACAAGCAAGCUGACCGAGUGUUAUAUAUUGUCGAGAGUUUCAACAAGGCAAAUGAACAGCGGACCUCGGAUAAUAAACGGCUCUACCUACCUGGUCGAAAAAUUCCAAUAUUACCAACACUGUCGCAGAAUCGGAAUUUUGACCCGAUGCACCACUUCUUCCGCCUGGAACAGGGUGAAACAAAGUCUACUAAUUCGACAUCAGCAUUCAAUGGAGAUGCGGUUUUAGUCGCUUCAGCGCCACCGCCGAUACCAUUAAUACCUAUGAUUCAACCAGGCCCAGAUGAAGGUGUGCCUAUGGGCUGUGCAAUAACAACUGCCAGCAUGCCACAGGGAAGUGAUUCAUUGAACGGAGGCGAUGCAGAAUUUGAUUUGAACAGCAUUUGGGACGGUUGGAAUAACAGCUCAAAUACACCAGCCGCUGUCCACCAAUAUCACCCUGGCAGUUUUGGCUCGUACAGUCUCGGUCCUUCCCACAUUCAUCCCGUUGGCCCCAGCGUCAUGUAUCACCCUUCGGAAUUCAGAUGA